AAACCGCAUCCUUCUUCCUCAUCGAUCCUAUCCCUCCCCUCCCCGGCUCCCCCUGGCCAUACGCCCAUACCCAAGAAACACAGCACUUCCCAUCUCAACUCCACUCCACUCCGGUCCGGUCCGACCGCUAUGGCCACUCCAAGAUUUCUCGCCGUCAUCCUCGUCGCGGCUCUCCUCGCGCUUUCCUUCUCGCAAGGGGCGGUGGUGGUGGUGGAGGGCAGGAAGGUGCAGGUGAUGAGGGCGGUGGGGCGGUGGCGCUCGCCCCUCCGCGGCGUCCGGUUGCAGGAGCAGCAGGAGGGCGGCGGGAUGGUGUCGACGGUGAUGGACUACUCGGAACCCAAGGCCAACACCAACCCCCGCGGCAGCGUGCCCGCCGCGCCGGAGGACCCCACCUCGCCGCCGUGGCACUGAUCGAUGGACGCAUUUGCGUGUAGAGGACGAAAACGCCAGGAGGGAUCCGAACGAACGGCUCUUCUCCCCCCUGUCUUCCGGCGGUAAAUCUUUGAUGAGUUGGUUGAUCUGGAGAAUUGUAUUUAGUGCUUAUGUUUUGAGUUUUUAUCCCUCGAUCUGUACGUUUCCCCCCUGCAUGCUGCCAUCUGUACAACCCAUCUAUGUGUGCUCUGCAAUAAGAUCAUCAACAUUGUGCCAUUGAUGCAUAUAUGGUGGAUGCCCUUCCAUGAA